CGCCAAUGCGUCAACAUGACAUAUUCCUAACUUGGAGUUCGCGGAUUCCGUUGAAAGUUCCUGACGUCGUCAACGUGCGCGUUUAUUUCAUCUUUGCAGGUUAGAUUCACGCGAAAUUGGCGCCAACUCUCUCGUGUUCACGUCCAACCAAUGUCGAGUCGGACUGAUGUUAAAUCUGUCACCACGUUUUUUUCAAAUUUAUGACUGAACUCCAUACCGAAACGAGUCGUAGGCUGUUAUUCGUAGUAUCAAGAAUUAGCUAGAGUCUGCAGUUUCGUGUAUUCGCUAAACAACUAUGGUCCGACGAAAAAACAUACCGAGAUCCAAGCCGACAGCAGCCAAAAGAAACAAAACAAAUGUAAUAGUGGACAAAAGUAAAAGGACAAGCCGAGUAUUACAGGAAAUUAGACAUCUGAGAAGAACAACACAUUUUCUCAUUCCUAAAUUAUCUUUUGCACGUUUAGUUAGAGACAUUAUUCGUGACAUAUUUCCAAGAGACGAGAUCGCCAGGAUACAAGCCACUGCUCUCGAAGCUUUACAAGAAGCGACAGAGAUGUACAUUGUACAAUUCUUUGAAGAUGCAGUAUUGUUAGCAUUGCAUGCUAAAAGAGUCACUCUUAUGCGAAACGAUAUGAUUUUAAUGCGCAGGCUGAGGGGCCGCAAUGAUGUCAUUAAUAGAUAAUAAUUUCAUUUUAUAUAAGUAUUAAAGUAAUUGUGUUUUAAAUAUGUUAAAGUCAAAACUAACUUUUUUUUUAACUUUGUAAGUGACGAAAAGAGAGAUGUAUAUAGGAGUUUGAUAAUGUACAUACAUGUUGUGUCCUUAUCCUAAAUUUAAAACACAUUGCCUCUGUGAUCGUCCUCUUAAUAUCUCUUCUCCCUCUCAUACUUUACCCGAACAAAAUCUCUCACUACCAUAUAUAAAUAUAAAAAUAUAGUAUAUAAGUAUAAAAAUAUAGAAAAUAUUUUUAAAUUUUAAUUUGGAGACAAUCUCGUUGUAUUUUACGAAACAAUAAUCACAAGUCAAACUGAAAUCCAAACACAUCGAAAAAGAACUAAAAAACGUACCAAAUUCAUGUAUUAUAUAAAUAUUACAUUGUUAAUUAUGUUCUAUGUAAUGUGAGAAUUAAGUGACUCAGAUAUAUCCAUUAUUUUUAUAUUCAAUACUAUUAAUAAAUCAUAUGUAUUCAUUAUUAGUAUUAUUUUUAUAAAUAUCUUAUACUUUCAAUAAAAA